AAUGGAACAAAGUUUUCAACUCUCUCGUACACAUUUUAGAAACACAACAAAUACAGCUCGAGUCUCUCUCAAGAGACAGAAAAUUUCUUGAAGAUCGGAUUAAAUUGCAGUACGAUCGGUGGGUCUCUGAUGUUAAUCUGUUUCAAGAUCAAAUCUCUCAGAUGAAGACAUAUUUUGCAGUGCAAAAGAUGGUGAGCAAUGUUGAGGCAGCGAAGUCGGAUCUGGAGGUGGGUCAGAAGCAGAGGGAAGGGUUUAUGUACAAAAUUAAGUUAGAUAAUGCAGCAAGUGAAUUGGCGGAUUUUAGAGAAUGGUUUGACUACCUCUCUCAUAAAUGCUGUGAGACAAAUGACACCUGUUCUGAGACGUUGGCUCUCUUAUCAGAGAGGGACUGUAAUAGGAACCAAUAUAAAAAGAGGGAAAGUGACCUCACUGAUCGGUUGGAGAGUAAAAGUAAUGAAGUUGAACGGGCAAAUGAGAAGAUACAGAAACUUCUCACUAGUUUGGAACAAUUACAAUUGUCAAACAGCGAGAAGGAUAGUAUGAUAUUAACAUUGAAAACUAACAUUGCUGAGCUUGAAGCAACCUCAAUAACUAAGAGUGAAGAAAUUUCUAGACUUUCCAGGGAAAUGAAGUUGUUAAGAAAGGCUAGAAGCAAUUCUGUUACACCUGUAUUGCGCGGUUGCUUAGCAAAAUCUCGAUUGGGAGACAAAGACAGAGGCACAGAUGCAAUUAAUACGAUUGUAAAGAAAGAAUCACAUCCUUCACAAGUUUUUAAGAAGGGGUGUGGAAGUUCAAAGAGAAAACUAGUUGAUGCCAAUCCUGUUUCAGAGACGCCAAAAUUGUUCACGUCUGCAUUCAAAGUUCCUAAAUUAAAGAAUUCAUCUUGUCAUGCCAAUCCUGUUUCAGAGACUCCAAAAUUGUUCACGUCUGCAUUCAAAGUUCCUAAAUUAAAGAAUUCAUCUUGUCAU